AUGCACCCUCUAGAUCUCGACGCGAUUCUCGCGAAGCAGGAUACCACACGGAUGACCUUUGAGGCGUCUCAUAGGUCCUACACACGAAUGGACGGCAUGACUGCCUCAUUCGUGAAGCAUGCACGCUCUCAGAGGCUGGGGUUUCGCGGUAGCGGUGAAAGGAGCGGUGAGAGGAAAAGGGACGGCGAUAAGAGGCGGUGCCGUGCAGCUGAAGUAUUCUGUUCGGAGGAGGACAGGCAAGCGUAUUUUUCUCGCAGGGAGCUUACUCUGCGCACGCGUGGACAAGCAACAACUAUCCAGGAGCUGUUGGACAUCCGCGCGAGCCGCUCCGAGUGGCUGCGGGAGAGGACUCUUGCGACGGCGGUGGGCGUUCGCAUCCGCAACGGGCAGUACACCGACCGCCCCGCCAUCCUCGCCUUCGUCUUCUCCAAGGUGCAUCCCAACUGGUUACCACCGGACCGCUUGUUACCAGCGCGGUUGGAGGGCGAGGGGUCGCUGUGGUGCGACCUUGAUGUGCUCGAGUUCGCCUGCCUGCCCGGCCGCCAGCCAGCGAGGGACAGGGCGAGGGCGGAGGAGGAGAGCAGCGAGCUCGUGGACGACCUUCGUGGCUGCAGUGCCGUGCUGGGCCCCGGCUCACAGGUGGCAUGCGACGACACGUUUGUCACCAUGGGCCCCAUUGUUGUCGACAGCUCAGCGCCACAUCAGCUCGGCUUCCUCACCAACUGCCACGUGGCAGGCACCUCCCCAGAGAUGUCGGAGGGGCGCUGCCUGUACCACCCGCACUGCCCGAGCCUCGGCCCCGGCGUGCCUAUCGGGGAGGUUCGGCGCGUCGUGUCCUUCCGAAGCGACCUGGAGUGGUUCGGGUUCUACAUCAACCACCAGCCUGACAUCAGGGUGCGCGUGGACGGGGCGUUCGCCGCCUUCACGCCCACCAUCCACGCGCAUCAAAUCACAGCGCUCCCACGCGGCCUGCCGCCCGGCACAGUGGGCCCGCUGCUCCAGAUCCUCCCCGCGUGGCCCGUCACUGCGCUCGUUUCCCAGCAGGUGGCCAAGGUGGGGCGGAGCUCGGGUCUCACGCGGGGCACAGUGAUGGCAUACGCGGUGGAGUACUAUGUGGACAGCAAGCGCGCCUUCGCCUCUGACCUCCUCAUCCGCAGCUCCUCCGAGCGUCCCCCAUCCACUUUUCCUCCUCUCUUUCCUUCCGCCUACUUUUUUCCGCCACAUAACCCUCCUCCUCCUCAUCCGUUUCUUCCACUCCCCUUGCCCCUCUUCCCCUUGCGCCAGGCGCCCUUUGACCUGGAGGGCGAUGCAGGCAGCACGGUGUAUCUGCACGGGGCGGUGGAGGAGGAGAGGGGAGGAGCAGAGCAGGGGAGUGGGCAAGGAGGGGAGCGGAGAGCGAGAGAGGGGGCGGUUAGUGGGAGCGGUGACAGCAUGUUAGCCCGGGGCAGAGGCGCAAGCCCAGCAGGAGGAUUAGGAGCAGCAGCAGCGGAAACAGCAGCAGCAGCAGCAGCAGCAGCAGAAGCAGAAUCAGAGGCUGGAGUAGCAGCAGGAGCAAGAGGAGGCAGAGGGGGUGAAGAGGGGGUUCCCUUGCGUCCUGCACAGGAGGACGGGUGUGAGGACGGGUGUGAGGAGGGGGAGGAGGAACAAGGGAGGGGGAUGGUAGACGGGACACGCGUGCAUGUGGGCAGGCGUGGGGAAUACGGGAAAGGGGAGGGUGUAGCAGUGGGGAGUGAAAGCAGGGGGCAGGCUGCUGCUAGUGGCGGUGCUGGGGGAGAGGGCAGCAGGGGGGGAGGAGAGGGGGAUGGUGGGGCGAGCAGCAGGGAAGAGGGGUCUCCAGUGAGGGAGGGAGAGGAGGGAGAGGGAGUGGCAGGAGCAAAUGUUGCACCUGGAGGAAACACAGCAGAGCUGGAAGGAAGCAGGGCGGAAGCUAGAGUGCCAGGCGCCGCUGCAGCAGAGGGUGAGGCUGAGGGCGGCGAGUGGCGGCCGCUUGCACUGGUGUGGGGCGGCACGGGGCGGCACGCGAGGGUGACGAGGUGGAGUGGCAAGCACCCCGAGUACUGGACGACUGCUGUGGACCUGCAUCGCCUCAUGACCCACCUCCAUGUCUCCCCUGCCCCUCCCUCCCGCACCCGUGAUGGAGGGGAGUGGGAGGGGGGCGGGGACGAGGGAGGGGGGAUGAGGGGCAGGGCGGAGGGAGAGGGGAGGGGAAGCACUGGUGGGAGUGGGAGGGAGGUGGAGGAUGGUGUUGCGGAGUUGUAA